AUGAAUGAAUUUGAUGCAUCAUAUGUCUCCUCACGUAUCCCCCUGAAAGUGCCACCAGAUAUCCAAGAAACAUCGCUGGAGGACAAAGAAAAUAUCAAUCCUUGUGAUAUUUUCUACAAUUUUCUCUCAAUUGUUAUGCGAGUGGUGUCCUUUGGGGUUACAAUUUAUGUUGCAAUCCAAUACUACAAUCGUGGGUAUGCCAAUUACAUGAUAUACACCCUUGCCUGCUGCAUAAUUCCCUGGAUAUUGACACUCCUGAUCAGCUGUGAAGUGAGGUCCAGGGAUGAAUCUCUUAGGAAUGAACGAAAAGACUGCUGUUCCAGAGCUGCCUGGAAUAUUUUUCUCAACAUUUUCCGCUACUGGGAAACUUCUGUGCUAUCUCUGAAGUAUUGGCUGGCCAGGAGGAGGAAUCAGAAGGAGAGAGCUGUGAAAUACUACAAUAGACUCCUUCAGGCAGAUUCUGAUGAGACUUUCUUGCGUCUCUUUGAUUGUUUUCUGGAAGCAGCGCCGCAGAAAGUCCUUCAGAUUGCCAUUUGGCUAUCCGGGGAGGAAACCAUGACAGUGUGGCAGGGAUGUCUACUGGUCAGCUGUGUUUUUAGCAUGGCCUACACGUUGAGCUCUCACCAGAAAUGCCUAAGACUGGCCACUCCCUCCAAGAAACAGAUCAAAGUCAUCGGGCAAGGGUUUCACAUUCUCUGGAAUUUGUUCAUGUCCCUGGCCAGAAUCCUGGCAAUUGCUCUUCUUGCCAGCAUUGGUCCCCUUCUCACCCUUCUCUGCUGCAUCAUUCACGUGCUCCUCUUUGGCCUGUACAUCUUCAUUUCCGAUAGAGCCAAUCUCAAUCUCUGCAGCUACAAUUUCGCCACGAAAUUCCUCUUCUCCCUGACCAUCGGAACUAUUUUUCUCUUCCAUCUGAUCCCCGUUAAGGAAGGACCUACGCGCUACCGUUACGCCACUUUCUACUCCAUCUGCUUCGUGGAAAACGUUGCCUGCCUCACAGCCUACUACUUCUACGCGGACUGGAAGCUGAUGCCCAUGUACUUAUUCUACUUAUUCGUAGCAGCUGUCACUGGUCUCUUCAUCCUGGGCAUCAGCUUCCAAGUCGCCUACUACAAGUGCUUCCAUCCAAAUGUAACUGCCAAAGUUGCCAAUCGAGAAUCUCUACCACUUCGUGUUUCCCGUGACCAAAAUGCUCAGUAAUUUUUUUUAAAAAUAUCCAGACGAUAUUUUUUAAAAACAAAAAAUUAAAACA